AUGUCAUACAAGAAGAUUGGCGGCGAGGACCUGGAGCUCAACAACAUUAACAGUCGCAAUUACGACUCUCCCGAGGCUCCUCCAAACGACCUGGACGACCUGGCAGACCUGGACGACUUUGAGCAUGAUCACGAGGACGAUUACAGUGUGGACGAUGAUCGUGCAGAUAUCGGAGAAGGGCUUUUGGGAGGCAAAAAGAGCACAGGAAAGCAACGACAGUUUCGACGGAAACCAAAGAUCAGUCUCAAGCUGGGGUUGGUUAUUGCGUUCGUGAUCGUUGUCCUGAUUGUGGGCUUUGUCAUCCGAUACCUCAAGACCAGUAAGGGAUGGUCUUCAGAUGUGGAUUCUCUAGGACGAAGACUGCAACCAUGGCAGAGAAACACUCUGGACGAGUACAAUCUCAGUAAGAACGGAUUGUGGAAUUCGUCUAGUGAACCCCAGACCAGAGAGUACUUCUGGACAAUCUCCGACAUUGUCGGAGCCCCAGACGGAGUCCAGAGAAAGAUGACUGUUAUCAAUGGCAAGUUCCCCGGUCCUCUAAUUGAAGCCAACGAGGGAGACAGAAUAAUCGUGCAUGUUAAGAAUGAGGGAGCUGAUCCUACCGGUAUGCAUUUCCAUGGUAUGUUCCAAAAGGGUACCAACUUCAUGGACGGAGUUCUCGGAGUCACCCAGUGUGGAAUUAUGCCUGGACACGAAUUCACUUACAACUUUACACUUGAUGGCCAGUACGGAACUUACUGGUACCACUCUCACUGGGACCUUCAGGCUAUUGACGGUGUGGCUGGACCUCUUGUGAUUCACUCCCCCAAGGAAGAUGAAGCCUACAAGCAUCUGUACGACGAGGAAAUGGUUUUGUUUGUGAACGACUGGUACCACGAGAUGGGUCGAGAAUACAUGCCUGGAUAUCUUUUUCCCAACGGUGAAAAUGACGAACCUGUUCCUCAGGCUGGUCUGAUUCAGGGCAUGGGCGAGUUUGACUGCUCCAAGUACACUGACCGAGAGUGCCAGCAGCUGCAGAAGCAGAUUAUUCCUGUGGAGGAGAAUAAGACGUACCGAAUCCGAAUCAUCAACGCUGGUGCCAUGAGUGAGAUUGACUUUUCCAUCGACCAGCAUAAGUUCGAUCUCAUUGAGGUGGAAGGAUUCUCCGUGGAACCCUACGAACUGCAGGCAGCACGUGUGGCCAACGCUCAACGAUACUCAUUCUUGGUGAAGACAGAUAAGCGAGAAAUUGAUGAACAGUUCUGGCUGCGAACCGAGUUCAACCCUCAUUGCUACGCCGAAAUGAACGAUGAGCUCGAUAUCAACGUCAGAGCCAUUUUCUCAUACCCCAGCCACACGGAGAAAGUCAAGAAGCUGAUUGCAAAGGGGGAUCCCAAUUACCUGGUUGCCCACGGAGAUCCUCAAGAUGUCAAGUGGAAGGACUUUGAUGGAACCGUCGAGUGUUUGGAGCUCAAUACCACCAUGUUGACGCCUAAAUACAAUGACCCCAUUCCUGGACGUGGAGACUUUGUCGAGCUUCAUGCUGCUUUCCAUAGACAGCAGGGAGCCAUCAAGCGAGGAGUCUUCAAUGCCACCACCUGGAACCCCGCCAAGGAGGCGACCCUGUCUCAGUUUUUGCGUGAGAAACCCUUGGAGAUGUUUGCCGAUGGACCUUCCAAGCACUGGGGUCCUGACCAGCUGACCGUGACUGUCAACUCCACCAGAACCAUUGAUCUGGUCAUCAACAACCUCGAUGACGGAGCUCAUCCCUUCCACCUUCACGGUCACAAAUUCUGGAUUCUCGACUCGGGCAACUCCUACUUCAAUUUUGGAAGAUAUGACAACAUUCCUGACAGAGGACAAGUUAUGAGAGACACUCUUCAGGUGGACGGAUACGGCUGGGUUCUCAUUCGGUUUGUGAUCGACAACCCCGGAAUCUGGGCGUUCCAUUGCCAUUUUGCCUGGCACAUGGAGGCAGGUCUCAGUGUGCAGUUUUUGGCACUACCUGAAGAGCUCAUGGAGAUGCAGCCACCGUCUGGCUGGAAUGACAUGUGUAAGGCAGCAUUAGAGGAGGAAAAAGAGGGCCAAAAGGAGGGACAAACUAACUAA